GCCCCUUGCUAUAAAUGUGGCGCUGCCUCCGCUGCACCGAUUCCAGCUCCAGGCAGCCGGAACCGCAGGCAGCAGCCGGCGACAGAGCGCCUGGGCGGACGCCCAGCUCCAGCUCUGCCUGGCCCGGCGGCGACCCAUGGGGAGCGGCCCAAGCGGCCGGACAGCCAGGGCGCACGGCCGGGGCUCGGGGCGGAGCAGCAGCUCGCGGCUGGCGGGGCGCAGCACCCUGGGCGCGGUUUGGUAUGUGAUAGGUUCGUCUAAAAUGGCAGGGUUUUUAUCUCAAUGAGUUACUGAAGCCAUCCCAGAAAGCAGCCCCCAGUACUGGGGACUGAACUCAGGGAGCACUGACCUAUAACCUCAGCCCUCUCCCCAACCUGGACAGGAUCUUGCCAAGUUGCCCAGCUGGUACUUGUGAUCAUCCUCCAGGUAGCCUUCCAAGUAGCUGGUAUUACAGAGCUACACUAUGAGCCAUUUGAAGAGAAAAUAACAGAAGAACCAAGAAACUAUUAAUAUUGCAGCCUUUGGGAGUGUGUGUCUGGAGGGAAGUUACAAAUAACAGAAAAUCAAGUUACAUUUAGUGUACAGCCUGAGACUACGUCAACUCAGGAGAUCAAAAUGAUCCUCAACUCCUCCACUGAAGAUGGUAUUAAAAGGAUCCAAGAUGACUGUCCUAAAGCUGGAAGGCACAAUUACAUAUUUGUCAUGAUCCCCACAUUAUACAGUAUCAUCUUUGUGGUGGGAAUAUUUGGGAACAGCUUGGUGGUGAUUGUCAUUUACUUUUAUAUGAAACUGAAGACUGUGGCCAGUGUUUUUCUUUUGAAUUUAGCACUGGCUGAUAUCUGCUUUUUGCUGACUUUGCCGCUGUGGGCCGUCUACACUGCUAUGGAAUACCGCUGGCCCUUUGGCAAUUACCUGUGUAAGAUCGCUUCGGCUAGCGUCAGUUUCAACCUGUACGCCAGUGUGUUUCUGCUCACCUGUCUCAGCAUCGAUCGAUACCUGGCUAUCGUUCACCCAAUGAAGUCUCGCCUCCGCCGUACAAUGCUUGUUGCCAAAGUUACCUGCGUCGUAAUUUGGCUUCUGGCUGCCUUGGCCAGUUUGCCAGUUAUUAUUCACAGAAACGUGUUUUUCAUCGAGAACACCAACAUCACAGUGUGCGCUUUCCAUUAUGAAUCUCAAAAUUCAACCCUCCCCAUAGGCCUGGGCCUGACCAAAAAUAUCCUGGGUUUCAUGUUUCCUUUUCUGAUCAUUCUUACAAGUUACACUCUUAUUUGGAAGGCCCUAAAGAAGGCUUAUGAAAUCCAGAAGAACAAGCCAAGAAAUGACGAUAUCUUUAAGAUAAUUAUGGCAAUUGUUCUGUUCUUUUUCUUUUCCUGGGUUCCCCACCAAAUAUUCACCUUUCUGGAUGUGUUGAUCCAGCUGGGCAUUAUACAUGACUGUAAAAUCUCGGAUAUCGUGGACACAGCCAUGCCUAUCACCAUCUGCAUAGCUUAUUUUAACAAUUGCCUUAACCCUCUUUUCUAUGGCUUUCUGGGGAAAAAAUUUAAGAAAUAUUUUCUCCAGCUUCUGAAGUACAUUCCCCCAAAGGCUAAAUCCCACUCAAGCCUUUCAACCAAAAUGAGCACACUUUCCUACCGCCCCUCAGAUAAUGUAAGCUCCUCUACCAAGAAGCCAGUACAAUGUUUUGAGGUGGAGUGACAUGUUCAAAGCCUGUCUGUAAAGUAAUCUUGUGAAAGAAGGGGCCCGAGAAACAUUCCUCUGCAGUGCUUCACUACCAGGAGCAGUAGCUAUGUUUCAGAAGUUAAGCGGACUGUAGCUACUUUGCUAAAACUCUGAACAAAAGCUUUGCUUUCCCUUUGCAGCAACACCGAUAAAAACAAAGCCGCAGUUUGCUUUAAAAAGUGACAGCUGCUCAAGAAUGUCAGAAACUGGAUGAUGGUGUUGACUUGGAAAAUUUUACAGGCAGAAAUGGCAUCUCCUCAUUGUUUUCUCGUUCUGUUACUUUCGAUGUCCACCUAAAGGUAUUUAGAAUAUGUUCAACCUUCAGACAAGCAAUAGGAGAUCAGAGCUCAGGGCUGUUCUGCCCAGUUUCCAAUAGGAAUAAAGCAUUUGUAUCUGCUUAGCUUUCACCAACUGUGGCCCACUUGUACCUGCUUCUCUACACGUUCUUCAGGCAGGAGUUGCUAUGUUCCAGAAUCUUUUGUGAAAUUCAGCAGUGUCUUAAAGACUCAUACUGCCAAAACUGCCAGCAAAGUGGCUUACUUGUAUACUGACAUUACUAAUGUUAUACAUAAACUACUUGCAAAGCUGUUACUCUGUCCCAGGUCUGUCUUCCUAGUCAUAUUAGUUUUAUUUCAUAUCUGAGAAAUGUCUAUAGUCUGUAGUAAAAAGAUUACAUGUCAUUAAGUAUGCUUUACUGUUUUUAAAAAGUAUACAUUCUACACAUACAUGUACACAGAUAUCUAUGUCUCCAAACUGUUGUUAUUUGAUUAAAAUCUGGCAGUUAUAUUUACCUUGAAAUAAAAUAAUUUUAUGGCUAUGUA